AUGGCUGACGGGGGGGGAGAUGAAGCAGGCCCUAGUUCGGGAAGGCGACAACGUUUUACAGCCCAACAAGCACUUGGUUUGUUCCAAACUCUUGCCAGUGAUGACAACUUAGCGAGUGAAAGUGAGGUAGAAUUUAGUGAUGGUGGUUCUGACAGUGAUGGCGAGCGGAAUGCGAUGAACUUUGAGUCUGAUAGUGAUAGCUCUAGUGACACUGAAGGAUCAGCCGCUCAGCCACGCCCACAAACUCACACUAAUGCUCUUACAACAAGAAACCAGUUUGGAGAUGCUAUUCCCCCUAACCGAAGACAAGUGCCAGGGGUGAAUGCAAACCUCGACCAGUCAUCCAGUCCUCUUGACUGUUUGAAAGUAAUUCUCACGCAGGACAUUAUUGAUGAUCUUAACAAGUCAACAAAUGAGUAUGCUGAGGAAAGGUGCAGGCCACAGAGGCCUUGUAUAAGAAAACGGUCAGUUCACCAAACAUGGGAGCCAGUGUCGGAGUACGAGAGGGUGAAAUUUUUCUGUGUGCUCAUAGCUAUGGGUCUUGAAGUUAGACCUAGUGUUCACGACUACUGGUCAACAGAAGAAAUCAUGUACAAUGCAUUCUAUCACACCAUGUUUCGAAGAGAACGAUUCAAAAGCAUUUACCACACCAUGCUUCACUGCUCUGAUCCAGACAGUGAGAACAAACACAAAAUUGAACCGCUCAUUGAUGCUGUCAUAGAGGCCUCCAGAGAAGCAUUCUACCCGUUCCAAAAUUUGUCGAUAGAUGAAAUGGUCAUAGGCUUUACUGGACGAUGGAAAUUCAAACAAUAUAAUCCGUCGAAACCAAAAAAACAUCACAUCAAGACGUUUGGACUGGUCGACUCCACUACAGGCUUCGUCUUGCGUCUUUUGAAUCACUUUGGGAGAGAUAUGUCCUACAAACCAGCACUGGAUCACGAUCUUACAAGAGAAUAG